AUGGAGAACGAGUUUUUGAGCAAGUUAGCAUGGUAUCCCGAGUGCACAAAGACUCUGAUGUCAGGUUGGAAGCUGGGGACGACGUGGAUAGGAGGGAUGAGUACUUCCAAUACCACUGUGACUCUCGACAGCUGGGUUGACAGCAGUGCCGUUGAUUAUACAAAUUUUGCCGACUUCGCUCUGCCGAACCGCUAUCUGCUGUUCAAACCAUAUGUCUUCAACUUUCCAACCGAAGGGCGCAGGCGGAGCAUUGCUAAUUCGGCGUGCGUGGGGACCGGUGCCACACUCACCUCCAUACGCAGUGCAGCGGAGAAUGAGUUUAUUAGUCGGUUAGCCGAGCCGUCGAAUUGCAGCACGACGAAUUUUGGCUGGCCGAUCGGUUCGGCCUGGAUCGGUGGGCUGAGCAACACGCAGGCUUCAGUCCCGACCCUGGCGAGCUGGACGGACGGGAGUGGCGUCGAUUUUUCCAACCUUGCCAACGGGUCCAUCGUCGACAAUCGCUUUGCAUUGUUGAAGCCGUAUGGCUGCGGCGCCAUGGCCCCCGGAUUCUGGGGUCUCUCCGACGCUAAUCAACGGUUGGGGCAAUUUAUUUGCCGCACAAAAGCUGAU